GUGGUUGUGGAUGCCUGGCUGCGCCUACCUGAUUAUCUGAGCAUGACGUCUACCUCUUCCAAAUACAGUGCCGAAGUGCACAUCGAUCCAUAUAAAGGAGCAUCGAAGUUCAAAAGCACCUUCUAUCGCAGAUCGGCUUUGAUUGCUUCACGUCGCAAUUCCCCUUCCAACAAUAUGACCACCAUUUUCAACACACCGGGUACCUACCCGCCUAAUACCUUCUUACCGCAGAUAAGCGCCAUUGUCACCUCAAGCGACUACUCUUCUUUAGCUGAGGAAACAGCCAAACAUCUCGUCGAGGCGGUCACUACCUCUUCUAACCCCUCCUCGGCACUCUGGGAACUAUGGACGGCCUUCUUCGAAUCUGUCAUAUCUUCAUCUUCACCCGAAGCCCAUUUUGCUCUACUUGAUUCCAUCCGUGCACAGCCACCCACACUGCCCAACAAUUUAUCCAAAACAACAAGGGACGUAAAGGAGGCACUUCGCAGCCAUACUAAAGCGGACGGCAAAUUACAUUGGUCGCAACUGCCGCGAUUUGGUUGGGAAUGGUACGACACGUAUGCCACGCUUCACCAAUGGCGUGACUGGACCAGCAUACAAGAUGCAGACUCUGAAAGCGGUACGCCCAAUCUCAGGUCGAGUAUUACUUGCAGUCAGCGAUGGCUCCGCUUCGUCAACUUCUCAACCAGGCUGCUCAAACGCAGCAAGGAACAGCCCGCACAUGAGACUAUAUGGGUAUUUUACACCUGCAAGGAUGUACUCGAGCACGAGAAGCCCCCACCCCGUCAGCCAGAUAAGCACAGGAUGUCGGCUGAGCAGUUGUGGGCGCUGGACGUUCGUGUGGCAGCAAUCUGGGUGCGGGAUGGGGCGCGUGCACUGUGGAACACGGACUAUGGAGAGCUUAGGAAAGAGUGGGAGGCGGCAUUAGACGAACCGACAGACUUGUGGCCGAGAGAAGACGGACUGAACAGGGAACGGUGGCAACUAUGGGAGGAAAGACUAUUAGUUUUAAGUACAGAUGAGGCUAGUCUCGACGAGGAGACCAGAGGCCUGGUCAAAGAGGCGUAUGAAGUGGUCAAGGAGCUCUUGUCAAAUUUCUGAUUCUAACUCCGGCCAUCAGCCGCAAAUCCAUGGCCGGAUGGAUCAUACUGCAUAGCUUAGAUAUUUCCAAACUGACAUAAUGAGGCACUGGCACUAC